AUGAUGGGCAGCAAGAUGACGUCUGCCUGCAGGGUGGUCCAGGUGGUCAAGCCUCACACUCCAUUAAUACAAUUUCCUGACAGAAGAGACAAUCCUAAACCCAAUGUAUCAGAAGCUUUGAGAUCCGCAGGGCUACCGUCUCACUCUCCUGCAAUUUCCCAGUAUUCUAAGGGAAGUAAAUCACCAGAUUGGCUGAUGUAUCAGGGUCCACCAGACCCUGAAGAAAUAAUAAAAACAUUACCUCAGAAAUACAGAAGGGGGUUGGCGCCUGAAACUUUGUCUCAAGGAAAAAUUGAAUAUAUUCAAGGUGGAGGUCCAGAGUAA